CUGGCUGCGAGAGGCUCGUGGUCCGGACUCUCCGGGUGCGGUUUGUGCAGCCAGCGGGACCGGGAUCGCCUGGUGAUGGAUGGCAUGGACCCGAUCAAGAUUCCGAAUUGACUGGACUGAGAGGGGUCUGUUUUAGGCAGUUUGCUCACAGACUUCACCAAUGGAGGGUGAAUGUAAUCUUCAGGAAGGUGGUCAGGUCUCACAGCCGGGAAUGUCUACAACAGAGGAUUCUACAGCGUUCUCUCCCCUGAAGACAGGCGAAGAAGAAGAGCAGGGUCGCAAUCUGGAAGAACCAGCACACCGGGGUAAUGAAGAAUCCCCCAGGCUGUCGGCUGCCCCUUCCAGCAGCAAUGAGAAGUUAUCCAGCUCUCCAUCAUUCUGUACUGAAUGUUAUGACUCGGAUCGGCCUAUAAGUGUCAUCUCUUCAGCAUCCUCUGGCUCACUCCGAGAAGGCCGUGAACUCUAUGAGAGCACCAGCAGCAGACCAGUGGGAGAGGAGCAGUCCGAUAACUGGUCGUCCGGUGUAGACAUGGAGUUGGUAUCUACUGCUGCUGGGAGUCUGCAGGCCACCUACCGGGAGAGGCAGAGUGGUUUAAAAAACACCCACACCACUAACAGCAGUAACGGACGCAGCCGUCUUGUGUCAAGGUCCCUUUCGCCGUUCGGAACCAAAGUUAGUGCUAUCACUCAUAAACUGAGCUAUGUGGAACGUGUAGUGCUGGAGCUUAUAGAGACGGAAAGGAUGUAUGUCCAGAAUUUACGCAGUAUUGUAGAGGAUUAUCUGGGAGGCAUCAUUGACCAACCAGAGCUGCCCAUGAAGCCCGAACAAGUCAGUGCUCUCUUUGGAAACAUUGAGGAUAUUUAUGAAUUAAACAGUGAACUUCUCCAAGACCUUGAUAGUUGCAGUGAUGACCCUGUAGCGGUGACCAGCUGCUUUGUUGAAAAGAGCCAGUACUUCGAUAUUUACACCCAGUACUGUAACAAUUACCCAAACUCUGUGGCAACCCUCACUGAAUGCAUGAGGAACAAAGUCCUGGCAAAGUUCUUCCGGGAGAAGCAGGAGAUGCUGAACCAUUCACUUCCAUUAGGAUCCUACCUCUUAAAGCCAGUACAAAGGAUACUGAAAUACCACCUUCUGCUGCAGGAAAUAGCCAAGCAUUUUGAUGUGGAUAAAGAAGGGUAUGAGGUGGUGGAGGAAGCCAUAGAGACUAUGACUGGGGUGGCCUGGUACAUCAAUGAGAUGAAGAGAAAGCAUGAACACGCUGUACGCCAGCAGGAAAUCCAGUCUUUGCUGCUAAACUGGAAAGGCAUGGAUCUCACCACGUAUGGUGAGCUGGUUCUGGAGGGGACGUUCCGCGUACAGCGUGCUCGCAGUGAGAGGACAUUUUUCCUGUUUGAUAAAGCUCUACUAAUCGCCAAAAAACGUGGAGACCACUUUGUUUACAAAACCCAUAUUCCGUGUUCUAGCCUGAUGCUGAUUGAGAGUACAAGAGACUCCCUCUGCUUCACUUUAACACACUAUAAGAACAACAAACAACAACACAAUGUGCAGGCCAAAACCGUGGAGGAGAAACGUCUCUGGACUCAUCACAUCAAGAAACUUAUAUUAGAGAACCACCAUGCAAUUAUCCCGCAGAAGGCCAAGGAAGCGAUUCUAGAAAUGGACGCAAUUUAUCCUGGACGGUACCGAUACAGCCCAGAAAGAGUGAGGAAAACCAUGUCUGUGAUUGAUCCUACUGUCACACAUCGGUCAGGGCGCAGGCAGUCUGAACCAGCUAAGCAUAUUUUGAAGCAAUUGGGCGAGAAAGUGGGCUUAAAGCACGCAGGCAGUGAUGGAGCACUACUGGACUUUGUGGACAUCCUUCAGCCCAGUAUCGGCAGCCUGGCACCCAACUGUGAGCACAUCCAGGCUGAGGGAGAUGAGGAGGAGCCACCUAGCGCAGAGAUGAGUAGAGGUUCAGGGGCAGAGCUCAGUGCCUCUGAGGAGGAGGAUAUACAGUUGGGAGAUGAUGACCAGAGCAGGGAUUCGGGUCAGCAUGAUACAUCAAAAGGAUUUAAAAGGCAAAACAGUGAGACUUCUGGGAACCCUGAGAAAAGGAGGAGCGUGGAAGUCACAGCAUAUAACCAGGAGGUGCUGGUUGAGACUAAAAAAAAUCAUUCUGAAUCGGAAGAGGUUUAUGUUGCUGAGCUGAUCAGUACAUCUGAAAUUGUAUUGGAAAGUCCUGUAGCUCCGACUGAUAACCAAGCAUUGGAAGAAGAGAGCGAUACAUAUUCUUAUUCCCAUGACCCUUUGAAUAAUGGAGUAACUGAGAAUGCAGAAGACUUAAAGACCUUUAGCAGUGAGGAGGAUGAAGAGGAAGCAACCGUUGAUGAUUCCACCAGCAUCCUUCCUCCAUCUGUAUUGGAUCAAGCCAGUGUGAUUGCCGAAAGGUUCAUAAACAACAUCUCUAGACGAAGCAGUUUGGUUUUGGAGGAUGGAAAAGUCAUUGGCUACAUAACUCCAAGGCUUACAAGCAGGAGCAGCAGUCUAUUAAGCCUGGAUUGUUCAGAUAGAAUUGUCUAUCAGAAUGGGUCCUCUGAAUUUCAAAACACUCAGAAAGAUGUUCUGUCUGAUGGUGAGAGAGUGAAUACUGAUCUUCCACUCAGUAAGGUUAAUUCUGCAGAAAAUGUGUUUGAGGAAAAAGAAAGAGCCACUUGUAAGCGCAGAGAGUCCAUUCUCUCCUACCAAGAUAGGCAACUCCUUGACAAGAUUAAAACAUACUAUGACAAUGCAGAACAUCAGGAUGCAUCUUUUAGCAUCAAGCGCAGAGAAAGCUUGACUUACAUUCCUACCGGCUUGGUCAGAAACUCUGUAUUUAAGAUUAACAGUCUGCCUAGAUAUGAUGGCAACCAGGGUUCUCUAGAGAGGCAAAGAAUGAGCAGCUCUUCCAGUAAUGCCAGUAUUGGGAACAGCAGACCAGUCUCAUGGUCAGAUGUUCUCACUUCCACUAAAGAGGGGGAAACGGAACAAUCCGGUCGCCAUACACAGCAUCCUGUUCCUGCAGCUGAGAGCAGGAUCCCAGAUCAGCAGGUAACAAUAACCGAUGAUGAGUUUAAAUCCCCUGUGGAGAUGAUAAAAGUCUGGGAAGAAAUGGAAAAGGAGAGAGGUUGGAAAGAAAAAGAUCAUCAGGAAGUUAGCGUUGGCACGAAAGUUACAUCAACCAGCUAUCAAGACAAAAUACUAAGAUCACUACAAAAUGAACCUCAUGAGCCACUAAUAAUACUGGAAGAGAGUGAUCUCAGUACUAUAACCGAGGAAUCCCAAGCUCCUACACCGGAGAGCACAUCUCCUCACCGGCUCAUAAAUCCAACCAAUGACCUGGUCUUUAAUGAUCAGGACUACAAAACCCCCAUCAAGCUCCAUCCCACAAUUAUGCAACUUGCCAACUGUAUGGAGGGAGAUAUGUCAGAGAAAAUGAAGAACAAGGUAUAUCAACUAGCCAGACAGUACAGCCAGAGGAUUAAGUGCAACAAGCCAGUUCCGCACAGGCGUCUGAGGGACAUAGAGGAGGAUAUGAGAAGAAGCAGCCUUCCAUCUGUACAAGAGGAGAAAGUGGAUGAGAAAUGUAAACUGAAGCCUGCGUUAUCUAUCCCUACCUACGAUCACAUAGUUCUACAAGAACAUAGUCCAACAACUCCCACAACCUCCAUAUACAAUGACAAAUCCCCCAAGCGCCUAUCAUUUACGUCUGGUGACAGCCCACAUUCAUCUUCCCCUGUAAGCUUUGACUGCAAAAGCCCACUUAGUCCAGUGAACACAGAAAAAUUCCACUGGCCAGAUGUUCGAGAACUAAGAUCCAGGUACACCAGUACAGCUAAGAGUGGCAAAUCCAUUCCGGUCAACAGGAGCCAAUCUGUGCCGGAUAGGAUGAUGGAACGCAAUAUGGACAAUCCAUCUCACACACAAAAUAAAGAGUUAUGUCAUUCAUACAGCAUGAAUCUAAAACAUUCUGACAGUGUGAACGGAAUCGCAGAAGAAGAAGAAGAAGAAGAAGAAACAUAUUCGGGCAAAACACCCAACAUGAAUGGGGGAACAGAGAUGCUGCAGAACAACAAGAACGCUGAGCUAACCAUAGCUGACUGUUAUUACAUCAGUGCAGAAGCUCCUCUGGAUAACAACAAAAAGGUUAUAAUUAUGGAAAAGAUUCCAGCAGCUUCUAUGUAUGAUCUGGAAAAUGAUGACACCUAUGUUCAUAUCAGAUCGCCUACCACCAGAGAGAAGAUUUCACUUAAAGCCGUGGUUGAGCGGUGCAAAGCUUACCAGGAGUCUGAGGAAUACAGAGCCAGGGAAGAUCUCUCCAAGACGGAUAGUUCCACGGAUACUGUAUGUAAACAAUCAAAGCCAGACCCGCAACUAUUGACAAGUGGCGAUGCGGCUCAUCAAAACAGAGUCAAAAACUUGAGAGCCAAAUUCCAGACUAUGAAUUCAAGCAGCUCCAAAAACUCUGAGGUGCACUAACCUUUCAUAGACCUGAUUUAUUAUUCUUUGUGCACAAAUUCAAAACAGACUUUCAUAGGGAGGGUCUUUUUAAGAAAAUAUAGGAUUUCAUCCUCGGUAGUUUUAUCACCACUACAGGAGUAUGCUGCAUUACUGUGCACAGAAGGGCUGCUGGGAGUAUUUAAAUUAUAAACUGAACAUACUCUGUAUAUAAUGUACUACUUGUUAUAUUAUGACCGUGGUGUAUAUUUGCAUUAAAUACUAGCCUAUAGAUUAAUUAAAAAGAAAAAAAGUAUAUGGAUUAUUAUACAUGCUCCCCCCUUUUUGUUUUUAUAGAAAUAACAUUUGAGAUGUUGUGACUCCGCCUACUGCCUGCACAGCAUUACUAGAAUGUACUGUCACUUGCACGUUAAGGGUUCUGUCUGUCUAGCUGUGGUUAAAAUCAAGACUUUGGGCAGAGCUUAAGCUGCAAAGCUGUAAUAGAGCAUCACUAUAUGUUUUCCAUAUUAUUUAUUUGUCCCUUUUUUUCCUAUAAUUGGAUAUCUUUGCCUGUAAUUUUCCUCUGUAAUGUAAAUAUAAUGAAACCUAUAAAGCUAUUUGCAGUAAUGCAUCACA